AUGGGUUUGUGCUUCACCAAAACUUAUGAAAUACCGAUCGCCACGGCAUCCGUUAAGCGCCCAACCCAGCCUCCACCGCUACCACCACUACCGCCACUACCAUCUCUACCACCUCCAUCACUACCAAAGCCAAAGCCUAUGCCCUCCUCUUCUUCCUUAACCAAAACACCUUCUUCAGCUAACAUCGGCCCCAUUCUUCAAAAACCGAUGUGUGAUAUCAACUCCCUCUUCAUCCUCGAGAAAGAGCUCGGUCGUGGCCAAUUUGGCAUCACUUACUUAUGUACCGAGCGGUCCACUGGCAUCAAGUAUGCUUGCAAAUCCGUCUCAAAGAAAAAACUUAUAAGCAAGAGUGACAUUGAUGAUGUGCGACGUGAGGUGUUUAUCCUUCAGCAUCUUACGGGGCAACCUAACAUAGUCGAGUUCAAAGGGGCAUAUGAGGAUGUUCAAAACAUUCAUUUGGUGAUGGAGCUAUGCUCUGGAGGGGAGCUCUUCGACCGAAUCAUCACCAAGGGGAGCUAUUCGGAGCGAAAGGCGGCUAAGAUAUGUAGGGGAAUUGUAAAUGUGGUGCAUGUGUGUCACUUCAUGGGAGUGAUGCAUAGAGACCUGAAACCAGAGAAUUUCCUCUUUGUGAGCAAGGAUGAGGAUUCUGAUCUCAAGGCCAUCGAUUUCGGGCUUUCGGUUUUCAUCGAGGAAGGCAAAAUUUAUAAAGAAAUUGUAGGAAGUGCUUACUAUGUGGCUCCUGAAGUAUUGAGAAAAAACUAUGGUAAGGAAAUUGAUAUUUGGAGCGCUGGAGUCAUCUUAUAUAUUCUUCUUUCUGGUGUGCCUCCAUUCUGGGCAGAAACAGAAAAAGGCAUAUUUGAUGCUAUAUUGCAAGGGGAUUUGGACUUCACAAGUGCUCCAUGGCCUUCCAUUUCUCAGGGGGCAAAAGAUCUUAUCAGGAGAAUGUUAACACAAGAUUCAAAGAAACGAAUUACAGCAGCUCAAGUCCUUGAGCAUCCAUGGCUGAAAGAAGAUGGAGAGGCUUCUGAUAAGCCAAUUGACAGUGCAGUUUUGAAUAGAAUGAAACAAUUCAGAGCAAUGAAUAAGAUGAAGAAACUUGCACUGAAGGUCAUUGCGGAGACUCUGUCAGAGGAAGAGAUCAAAGGAUUGAAGCAAAUGUUCAAGAACAUGGACACCGAUAGGAGCGGCACGAUUACCUAUGACGAAUUGAAGCAUGGGCUCAAUAAGUUAGGAUCAAAGCUUUCAGAAACUGAAGUCCAGCAGCUUAUGGAUGCCGCCGACGUUGAUCAAAGUGGCACCAUUGAUUAUAUUGAGUUUAUCACUGCUACCAUGCAUCGACAUAAACUGGAAAAGGAUGAGCAUUUAUACAAAGCAUUCCAGUACUUUGAUAAAGAUGGAAGUGGAUAUAUUACAAGGGAUGAAUUGAGACAUACCAUGAAACAGUAUGGUAUGGGUGAUGAAGCAACUAUCAAUGAAAUAUUAGAUGAUGUUGACACUGAUAAAGAUGGAAGAAUCAACUAUGAUGAGUUUGUAGCUAUGAUGAGGAAAGGAAGCCAUAUGUGAAAUUGAGUGUUUUUAGUUGUAAUGAUGAAAUUAGUAUCUUUAUGGUUAUGUGCUUAGUUAAAGAAGUCAUGUUGAUUAUUAAGCUCAAUGUUCUGUAUGCAAUCUUCUCUUUUUUAACUCUAGAUUUCAGCACAAGAUUGGUCUAAGCUUGGGGUUUAUUAAUAUGUGUUGUUAUGUUAUGAAUGAAGAAAAAUAAAGUUUAUGAAUUAGCUUUAGUGCUUGAAAAUGUAAUGGUUAUAUAGAAAUAAAGUUGUGAUGUAAAUUAAGGUUUA